CGUUGAUCUACCUCGUCGCAACACACCACGAAAACAAUUUUAUUCAAAGUGGAAAUUCUUGCUUGACUUCUUUAUUCCUCUGCUCGUAGAUCCUGUGCCCGAGAACUUACGACCUGAGAAUAUGGCGAGCUUCACUAACGGCGCUUCGAUACCUCCGCCACCUAUGGAGGUCAAUGGAAGGUUACCAUCCCCUCCUCCACCUCCUCCAGAUUCAUUAGUACCUCCGCCCCCUCCAGAUGCUACAGCACCUCCUCCGCCUCCAAGUAACGAUCUUCCCCCUCCUCCACCUGUCGAUGCAUUACCGCCUCCUCCUGAGGAGCUCGCGAAUGGGCUUGUGAAAAAGAAGAAAGCGGGAUGGGGCGCUCAAAGAGACCGAGGACCACUGAGUAUCGAAGAUAUCCUCAAAAAGAAGAAAGAUGCCGAUGAGGCUGCUGCAAAGCCAAAGUUCUUGUCCAAAGCUGCUCGAGAAAAGUUAGCCCUUGAGAAGCGGGCGAAGGAAGUCGAGGAGCAGAAGCGAAAACUCGAAGCGGAGCGGACGCCUGCGAAGCCGUCUACCAACGGGCAUGCCGUACCAAAUGGGAGGGAGACAUCAAACAGAGAUAGCCAGAACCAUUCAAAUGGUCGAGGUUCGUCUUCUGUUCCCACAGGACCUCGAGCAAUGCGACAUGGUGAUGCUCACACUGUCCCAGCUCCUAGUCGCAAUUCACAAACGAAUCGCACGGGAGAUAUGGGACCUCCGACAAAACCUGCAUCCUCUACCGGCAAAGCCUCCCUAGCGGGAGAGAAGCGUCCUGCAAAUAGUGAUGAUACACAGGCUGCUCUGAUUCGAACACGAUAUAUGGGUGCUGAUACCAAUCAGUCUACAUUUUCGGCGAAGAAGAAGCGACGGCGCACCACGGAAAAGAAGUUUAACUUCGAGUGGAAUGCGGAGGAAGACACAAGUCCGGACUACAAUCCUAUAUACUCCUCACGUACUGAAGCUGGCUUCUAUGGCAGAGGUCGUCUUGGUGGGUUUGCCGAAGAUCUCAGUGAAGCCGGCGCACUGAAGUAUGCCAAGGCACUUCAGGAGCGUGAUGUGGAAGCUGGUCACGCAAGAGCUGAACAGAUAAUGGAGAUGGAGAAACGGAGGAAAGAAGAUGCUGGCGGAAGAAACUCACUUGACAAACAUUGGAGUGAGAAAAAAUUGGAGCACAUGCGAGAAAGAGACUGGCGUAUUUUCAAAGAAGAUUUCAACAUCAGCACAAAGGGCGGAGGAAUUCCAAACCCCAUGCGAAAUUGGCAAGAAUCAAACCUUCCAAAGCGCCUGUUGGACAUCGUUGCUCAAGUUGGAUACGAUCAGCCCUCAGCGGUGCAGAGAGCGGCAAUACCUAUUGCCUUGCAAGCUAGAGAUUUGAUCGGAGUGGCAGUUACUGGUUCCGGAAAGACUGCUGCGUUCCUGCUUCCAUUACUUGUCUACAUCUCCGAGUUACCGCCUCUCAAUGAGUUCACGAAGAAUGACGGCCCAUAUGCCAUUAUUCUUGCUCCAACUCGUGAGUUGGCUCAACAAAUUGAGGUUGAGGCUAAGAAGUUCGCAACGCCUCUGGGUUUCACUUGUGUCAGUAUCGUUGGUGGACAUGCGCUUGAAGAACAGUCUUACAAUCUGCGCAAUGGUGCCGAGAUCAUCAUAGCAACCCCAGGUCGUUUAGUAGACUGCAUCGAAAGACGGGUUCUAGUGCUUGGUCAAUGCUGUUACAUCAUUAUGGAUGAAGCUGAUCGUAUGAUUGAUCUUGGUUUCGAGGAAUCUGUGAACAAAAUUCUCGACGCGCUUCCGGUCGGCAACGAGAAGCCAGACACAGACGACGCAGAAGAUGCCCAGGCAAUGAGUAGACACCUGGGUGGAAAGGACAGAUACAGGCAGACGAUGAUGUACACGGCUACUAUGCCUGCAGCCGUGGAGAAGAUUGCCAAGAAGUAUUUGAGAAGGCCCGCAAUAGUUACGAUCGGUAAUAUCGGAGAAGCGGUCGAGACUGUUGAACAACGAGUCGAGUUUAUUUCGGGCGAAGACAAGAGGAAAAAGAGGCUCAACGAGAUUCUUGCCUCUGGAGAAUUUCAACCUCCAAUCAUCGUCUUCGUCAACAUCAAGAGAAAUUGCGAUGCUGUUGCUCGGGACAUCAAACAUAUGGGUUUCACAUCAGUCACUUUGCAUGGUAGCAAGACGCAAGAACAACGUGAGGCUGCUUUGGCAUCUAUCCGUUCUGGAGCAACAAAUGUCUUGGUUGCUACAGAUCUUGCAGGCAGAGGUAUUGAUGUGCCCGAUGUCAGCCUGGUUGUCAACUUCAACAUGGCUACUAACAUCGAGAGUUAUACUCAUCGUGUUGGUAGAACAGGUCGUGCUGGAAAGACUGGUGUGGCAAUUACCUUCCUGGGUAAUGAGGACUCGGAUGUCAUGUACGACUUGAAACAGAUGUUGAUGAAGAGCUCCAUAUCGCGUGUUCCGGAAGAACUACGCAAACAUGAAGCUGCUCAACAGAAGUCAACCAGAGGUGGAGGCGGCCAGAAAAAGAUCGAGGAUGGGACUUUUGGUGGAAAGGGGGCGGGUUGGUGA